CGCACGACUCCCCCUGCGGCGACUGCACAGGUUCAGUGACAGCCGAGACGCCGGGUGUUUCCCCCUCCCUCGCCAACUGGUCCCUGCCGUGGCCCAGGUCGGAGCUUUCGACAGAGGGGACGCCAGGGUUUCUUGGAGCCUCUGCAGAGUCCGGGGUCCAGACCCCUUAGUGGGAACUGCGAGAUCUUCCUUCCGACCCCACCUUGCUUCACCCCAGCAGCUCUGGUUGAGUCCACAGAUGCCAGCCCAGCUUCAAGCCCCUGGGACGAGUGGAGCUGUCAGCAGGAGAGCCUGAGGCCUGAGGCCCAGUGUGGACAUGGCAGCUAAUGGGGACUCUCCCCCGUGGUCCUCUGCCCUGGCUGCAGAGGGACAUGGCAGCUCAUGUGAGGUACCAGUGUCGUUUGAGGAUGUGACUGUGGACUUCAGCAGGGAGGAGUGGCAGCACUUGGACCCUGCUCAGAGACGCCUGUACUGGGAUGUGACACUGGAGAAUUACAGCCACCUGCUCUCAGUGGGGUACCGAGUUCCCAAGCCAGAGGCCAUCUUCCAGUUGGAGCAAGAGGAGGGGCUGUGGACAUUGGAGGGGAAAGCCCCACACCAGAGCGAUUCAGGUGAGGCUCUUGGGAAAACUCAACAACAGGGAAUUUCUGGAGAAGUUUCAUUCCACUGUGAGAGAUUUGAUCAACCCAUAGGAGAAGAUUCAUUGUGUCCCAUUUUAGAAGUGUGGCAAGAUAACAACCAGCUAGAGAGAUAUCAGGAAAACCAGAAUAACCCUUUAAGUUACAUGAAAGUAUUGAUUAAGGAGAAGGGCUAUGAAUUUAAAAACUUUGAAAAAAUAAUUCAUGUGACUACCAAGCUUAUUCCUUCAAUUAAAAGACUCCAUAACUGUGACACAUUUGGAAAGAGUUUGAAGCAUACUUUAAAGUUACAUAAUCAUAACAGAAACAAUGCAACAAAGAGCCUUGGUAGGAUUUUUGAAAAUGGUAACAAUUUGGCCCAUAGUUCUUCCUCUACUAAGAAUGAGAAUAUUAAGACAGGAGCGAAUUCCUGUGAAUAUAAUCAAUGUGAGAAACAUCUUGGCCACAAACAAGCUCUCAUCCAUCAUCAGAAAAUUCAUACUAUGGAGAAACUUCAUGUGUGUACUGAAUGUGUAAAGGGCUUCACCCAGAAGUCACAUCUCUUUGAGCAUCAGAGAAUUCAUGCUGCAGAAAAAUCCCAUGAAUGUGACAAAAGUGACAAACUCUUCACUCAGAAGCCACAAAUUGGUGUACAUCAGAGUGUUUAUACAGGAGAGAGACCUUAUCUAUGUACUCAGUGUGGAAAGGCCUUUACCCUCAAGUCAAACCUCAUUACACAUCAGAAAAUUCAUACUGGGCAGAAACCCUAUAAAUGCAGUGAAUGUGAAAAAGCCUUUUUCCAGAGAUCAGAUCUCUUUAGACAUCUGAGAAUUCAUACAGGAGAGAAACCUUAUGAAUGCAGUGAAUGUGGAAAAGGCUUCUCCCAGAAUUCGGACCUCAGUAUACAUCAGAAAACUCAUACUGGAGAGAAACACUAUGAAUGCAGUGAAUGUGGAAAAGCUUUCACAAGAAAAUCAGCACUCAGGAUGCAUCAGAGAAUUCACACAGGAGAGAAACCUUAUGUAUGCACUGAAUGUGGGAAGGCCUUCAUCCAGAAAUCACACUUCAAUACACAUCAGAGAAUUCACACUGGAGAAAAGCCUUAUGAAUGCAGUGACUGUGGGAAAACAUUCACUAAGAAGUCACAACUCCAUGUGCAUCAAAGAAUUCACACAGGAGAAAAACCCUAUAUAUGUACAGAAUGCGGAAAGGUCUUCACUCAUAGGACGAAUCUCACUACACAUCAGAAAACUCAUACUGGGGAGAAACCUUAUAUGUGUGCUGAGUGUGGGAAGGCAUUUACUGAUCAGUCAAAUCUCAUUAAACACCAGAAAACUCAUACUGGAGAGAAACCCUAUAAAUGCAAUGGCUGUGGAAAAGCCUUCAUAUGGAAGUCACGUCUCAAGAUACAUCAAAAAUCUCAUAUUGGAGAGCGACACUAUGAAUGCAAGGAAUGUGGAAAAGCCUUUAUCCAAAAGUCAACACUAAGUGUGCAUCAGAGAAUCCAUACAGGAGAGAAACCCUACGUUUGUCCUGAAUGUGGGAAGGCCUUUAUCCAGAAAUCACACUUCAUUGCACAUCAUAGAAUUCAUACUGGAGAAAAGCCUUAUGAAUGCAGUGACUGUGGUAAAUGCUUCACAAAGAAGUCACAACUCCGUGUGCAUCAGAAAAUCCACACAGGUGAGAAGCCCAAUAUAUGUGCAGAAUGUGGAAAGGCCUUCACUGACCGGUCAAAUCUCAUAACACACCAGAAAAUCCAUACUAGGGAGAAACCCUAUAAAUGCAGUGACUGUGGAAAAACCUUCACCUGGAAGUCACGCCUCAAUAUACAUCAGAAAUCCCAUACUGGAGAGAGGCACUAUGAAUGCAGUAAAUGCGGGAAAGCUUUCAUCCAGAAAGCAACACUAAGUAUGCAUCAGAUAAUUCAUACAGGGAAGAAACCUUAUGCUUGUACAGAAUGUCAGAAGGCCUUCACCGACAGAUCGAAUCUCAUUAAACACCAGAAAACGCAUAGUGGAGAAAAACACUAUAAAGCCAGUGACUGAAAAAGCCUUCACCUGGAAAUGACAACUAGGUAUGAAUCAGAUAUCUCCUAGUGGGGGAGAGGAAUGCCUGAUGCUGCAAUCAUUGUGCAGGGAAAAGUAGACAUGAGAGACUGGCUUGAGUGAACAGAAGACAAAAAGAAUGAAGUAUCCAUCGGUUCACUGGAAAUAGAAGUUCCUGCAUCACCACAGUCGAUAUGCAAUUAUAUGCAUAGGGAGAUCCUUUAGAUAAAGCACUGGAGCAGUAGUCAUGUUUGGUUACGUGAUUGAUACAGGGACUCUCGAGGUCCUGCAAAUGAUAGAAAUAAUGACCCGAGGAGAUAACUUGUCAUCUCUUAUGUUUCACUUUUUGGAUAAAUAACUUUAUAAAUUCAGCAUUGAUUAGUUCAUCAUACUCUGGGACAUAAAAGUACUCAAUACUAGCCAAUUUUUUUCAAAUUUCUAGGUUGGGAAGAAGAGUUUUCAUUGUCCAAACACUUGCAGGGUACUGACAUCAAGGCAAAAAAACCUAUUUGGGAAUGCAG